AUGGCGCCAUUUUUCGUCGAUGCUGUUCGGGACGGCUGGUACGCUUUUACUCCACGUGAGAGACGCAAUAUCGCCUUCUACAUCUUGGGGAUCAUGAUCUACAAGUUUGGUCUAGAGGCAUUUAACGGCUCAAUUGUGGCCCUUGCAACUAAUCGCUAUGAUUAUGAUGCGAUGCGGACUAAGACACACGCAAAGACUUUUCAAAGAGUUGGGCUCAUGGUGGGCCUCAACCAAGCCUGCCAGUGUAUCGGAUCCAUUUUGAUCGCCCCGCUCAUUCGGAGAUUCCCCUCUCGGAUUGUGCUCUGCAGUGCAGUGUUAGUGUUUGGGCUCUUGAGUGCCCUUCUCCUCAUCAUCGAUGCUAGCACUGGGGGUACAUUUGCGCCGGCAAGCUUUCGCGAUCACCACCCCGACCAUGAUUUCCACUACUACGGCCGGUACAACACCGAUGGCAUGAUCCCAGUCUACUGUGUUGCGGGGAUUGCCUACGGCAUGGUCGAACUGAUGCGCCGUGUUAUCCCGCGUGAUAUCGUCGGGGGAAAUGUUAAGAAACUACGUCACCUCGACGCGUUAGUGCACAUAUUCUACGAGGUGUCCGGCACGAGUGGUGCAUUUUGUACGGCAUUAGCCUUGAUACCAUAUUUUGGGAACAACUAUUCUUUCUUGAUCACCCCGAUCUGCUUCGCAUUCGCCUCUAUCUCCUGGUUCUUCCUCACCGACGAAACAUUUCGCAAUCACGAUACGCCGGUAUUAGAACGCCAGCCUUCAUACAUUAAAGCGGUCACUGCUGGGUUCUGGCUGUUUGUCGAGUCAAUUUGGACAGGUGCUCGGAUUAUCUUUACCUCGCGCAAGUUUAUCUGGCUGGUUCCAGGGUAUUCCGUAGCGCUGUAUGCCCACCGCUAUCUGGAAAAUGCGGUGGCACCCGCAAUUGCCCGUCGAUACCUGGGUAAUGCCGCUUGGUCGCAGAUUAUCGUGGGCGGAUCAAAUUUAGGGGAGCUUCUCGGCGCACUCUUCGUUAUCCUAUUCACGAAUCUGGUGACAACACCAGUUCCCUGGCUCCGAUUAGAUGCCAUCAUGCUCCUCAUAACAUGGUACCUACCAUUCUGGCGGCCACCGAUGCAAAGUAGCGCUGCCUGGAUUGCAGCCGCUACAUUCAUUCCGAUUUCAUUUGGCUGGGCGGCUGGCGAUGUCUCGUUGGCGGCGUAUAUCCAAGCCACGUUAGCGCGCGUCGAAUCGAAGACUCAAAAUGUCUCUGCGCUGGGCGCGGUGAUGGCUUUCUUGUACUCGACAUAUAUCAUCAUUUACGCCAUCACAUCACCGAUUCUUGGAAGCUACAUUGACCGCGUAUACAGCGACACUGGAGGAUCCGAGAAUGGGGGCAAUAUAUAUGCAGCCAUACAGAAUGUUGCAUCGGUGCAGUUCACGAUAAUAUCGGGACUGGUCUUGGUAUCGACUUUCGUGCCGAGAGGAUCGCUGGCGUUCAAUCCGAAGAUGCUAUUUAAUGAGAAUCUGGAUGGAGAAGCAGGUUUGGAACGCGUAUCGUCAGAUGAUCUGAGAAAAUAA